AUGGCGAGAUCGCAGCAAUACUACGAGGGUGCCAGCGAGAACACUUCCACAACAAGCAAACACAGCUACAAGACGUCCUCGACGGCCUCCAUCGAAGAAGACAUCAUGCCUGGCGAGACCUCUCCACUCCUGGCCCAUGAUGGCCACCGUCCAGCGACCGCCCACUUCCCCAGACGACGGACUCUACGAUCUCCUCACAGUAUCAUGGCCGUCGUCCUUCUGGCCGUGUUCCUCACAUGCUGCGGAGACCAGUUCGUGGACUCGCCGGAGACGCGUAUCUUUGAGAGCGUGAUCUGCUAUCGUUACUAUGAGAAGGUAGAUCCUUCCAAGAUCAAGCUGGGAAGAGACGUCGUCGGUCCAGGCGCAAUUGGAGGCGUAGACGAGAUGUGGUGCAAAGCAGACGCAGUCCAGGACCAGUUGGCGGUCGUGAAUGGCUACCAGUCCUUCUUCGAUGGUUGGCCUGCGUUGAUUCUUGCACUCCCGUUCGGCUGGGCGGCGGAUAGGUUCGGACGCUGGCCGUUCUUGUUCAUAAACCUCGUUCAGUUCGCUCUCAAGAACAUGUGGAGGCAAUUUGUCACCUGGGACUGGCAGGCUUUCGAUAUUCGAGCCAUUUGGGGUGCCUCUGGCUUCGCCAUUCUAGGAGGCGGAUCAGCCACGGCAUCGGCCAUGUUCUUCGUUUUGGUGUCGGACGUCUUGCCAGCGGAAGAGCGAGCAGGAGCAUUUCUGAGACUUGGGGCUUCAAACCUGGCUCCAAGCUUGUUCAUACCGCCUCUGGCAGCGUGGCUGAUGACGAUCAAUCCAUGGAUUCCAUAUCUCAUUGGAACACUGAUGCUAGUCCUGGCUGCAGUUUUGUGUCUGUUCAUUCCCGAGACAUUGGGCUACGGCCGUCGAGAUCAUGGCGAGACAGCAGAACUUCCACCAUCCGAGGAGACGGUGCCCGAGUCGUCCAGACCAGAGAGCGCUGCCGUUCGAUAUUGGAACGGCUUCCGCUCAUCCAUCUCCUUCCUCACAGAGGACUGGCGGAUCCCAGCCCUCAUCAUCCCCUUCGUCGUCCACAUCCUCAUCUCCAACCUCACGCGCCUCAUACUGCAAUACAGCAGCAAACGCUACGGCCUCACGAUCGCACAAGGAACCCUCCUGAUCACGCUGCACAACGGUAUCCACGUGCUCCUCCUCUUCGCUCUCCUACCAUAUCUCUCAACCUUCGUCAUGAAGAGAUUCAACCUCUGCAACCAGAAGAAAGACCUCUACCUCACGCGAGUCUCGCACGUCUUCAUGGCCAUCGGCUGGCUUUGCGUUGCUGCGUCUCCAAAUGUCUGGACUGUGGCCAUCAGUCUGUCCGUCGCGUCGCUAGGCGUUGGAUCAGCUCUCUUGAUGAGGAGCUUCCUGACAUCUCUCCUGCCCGCGCAUCAUAUCGCCCGGACUUACAGCGCGAUUGGUAUCGUGGACACGCUGGGCGCGAUGUUUGGCACGCCAGCUUUGGCUGGUCUUUUCAAAGACGGGCUUUCGUUGGGAGGCGGAUGGGUUGGAUUGCCCUUCUAUGUAAUUGGGUUGGCCUCGGCGUUAUUUGCUGGGUUGCUGUUUCUUGUUAAGUUGAGGAAGAGUGGAGGGAGUGAACAGAACGAUAGAGACGAAGAAUAG